AUGGUCAGGGACUCUGCCGGACUGGCACAGACAAGGACUUGUAAUGCUGCACAGUACAAGUCACUACACUACAUUGGGUAUGGGCAACCAGUACAAACGGAUCUACAUCAGGAAGAACAUCCCAAUAUCCUGAGAAGCCCAAUGGGAUGCAUUCAGCUGGAUCAGAAAAGCAGUUCUAAAAUCACAAAAUCAACUCAAACUCAACACUCAUCAUUUCAAGGGCUGGUGAGGAAAAAACUCAAAAGGGAUGAACCCCGGUACUUCAAAUCAGAAAAAUCCUGCAUAUAUGAAGACAGAGUAAAGAAAUACAAGAACAAAAAUUAAAGUUUCCAAAUAGUUUUAGUCACGUAUAAGAAAAUCUUCACUGUAGAAAGUAGAAAAAAUACUGAAUUUGGACAAAACUUCAGUCUGAAAUCAGUUCUCAUUAGGCAAUAGAGGAUUGCUAGAGAAAAAUGUGAAACACAAAGAAAUAGCUUCAAGCAGAAUUCAAAUUUACAUAACCAACGAGAACUCACAGCAGAAAAACGCUAUAAAUGUAAUAUAUGUGAGAAAGCGUUUAUUCACAAUUCAUCCCUUCGUAAACAUGAGAAAAACCAUACUGGAGAGAAAUUACUUAAAUGUAAAGAAUGUUUGAAAGCCUUUAUCCAAAGUUCUGCUCUUAUUCAACAUCAAAGAACGCAUACUGGAGAGAAGCCCUAUAUAUGUAAAGAAUGUGAGAAAACCUUCAGCCAUAGUGCAACACUUUGUAAGCAUCUAAGAACCCAUACAGUUGAGAAAUCCUAUAGAUGCAGAGAAUGUGGUGAAUCCUUUAGUCGAAGGUCAGGUCUUUUUAUACAUCAGAAAAUUCUUCCUCGAGAAAAUCCCUAUAAAUAUAAUCCAGGUAGGAAGGUAUCCCUUACUGGAUGCCAGAGAAUUAAUCUAAGAAAAAGUUUCUAUUUAUGUAAUGAACAUGGCAAUACCUUUAAGUCUAGCUCAUCUCUUUGUUAUCACCAGAGAAUUCACACUGGACAGAAUUUUUAACAUAGGGAAUGUGAGAGAGUCUUCAGUCAGAGUGCAUCUCCUAUUCAACAUGAAAGAAUUCACACUGGAGAAAAACCUUAUAGAUGUAAUGAAUGUGGAAAAUGUUUCACUUCUGUUUCAUGACUUAAUAGACAUCAAAUAAUUCAUAGUGGUGAGAAAUUGUAUAAUUGUAAUGAAUGUGGUAAAGGAAUAAGUUCCCUCUCAACACUCAUUAUUCAUCACAGAAUUCACACUGGAGAGAAACCACAUAAAUGUAAAGUGUGUGGAAAAGCCUUCAGACAAAUUUCAGCUCUCGUUCAGCAUCAGAGCAUGCAUUCUGGAGAAAGAUCCUAUAAAUGUAAUGAGUGUGAGAAAACAUUCAGGUGUACCUCAUCUGUUAGUAAUCAUCAGAGAAUUUAUACUGGAGAGAAACCCUAUCAAUGUGAGGAAUAUGGAAUAUCUUUUGGGCAAAAUGCAGCUCUUAUUAAACAUCAGAGAAUUCAUACAGGAGAAAAACCCUUUAAGUGUAAUACAUGUGGGAAAACUUUCAGACAAAGCUCAUCCCUUAUUGCACAUCAAAGAAUUCAUACUGGUGAAAAACCCUGUGAAUGUAAUGCAUGUGGGAAACUGUUCAGCCAGUGGUCAUCCCUUAUUAAUCAUUAUAAAAUUCAUAUUGAAGAGAACUCCUUGAGUGUAAAUUCGCACGUGUGA